AUGAGCGUCAGCAAGUUGGCAGAGUUUGGUGUGAAGCAUGUGGCUCGUGGAAUCGGUCGUCUCUCGAACCAUGUCCUCGAGAGCGGCGCGGGCAGCUACGUGACUACCACUGAGGGUCGCAAGAUGCUCGACUUCACCAGCGGUAUUGGUGUCACCAAUCUGGGUCAUUGCCAUCCUGCCGUGACAAAGGCGGCACAGGAGCAAGUCGGCACACUCGUCCACGGUCAGGUGAACAUCGCUUUCCAGAAGCCUUAUCUGGAGCUCGUCGAAUCGCUUCUACCAAUGAUGCCACACAAAUCGCUCGACACCUUCUUCUUCUGGAACUCGGGAUCAGAGGCUGUCGAGGCAGCAGUGAAAUUGGCUAGACACGCAACCAAGAAGCAGAACAUUAUCGUCAUGCAAGGCUCUUACCACGGACGCACAUUCGGAACCAUGGCCAUGACACGAUCAAAAACUAUCUACGGCGAGAACUACGCACCUCUGAUGCCUGGAGUCUUCUCAGUACCAUUCCCUUACUGCAAACAAUGCUCGAUUUCUCACAGCACUGAUGGCAAGUUCGGUUUCGAAAACUGCUGCAUGGACCCCGUUUUGCAGCUCGAGCUGCUCUUGAAGCGUGAGACUGCACCCUCAGACACGGCAGCUAUCUUCGUCGAGCCUGUUCUCGGCGAGGGUGGUUACGUUCCUCCACCUGCUGGUUACCUUGCGGCCCUCCGCAAGAUCUGCGACAAGCACAACAUCCUCNNCCUGGUCUGCGACGAGGUUCAGUGCGGCUUCGGCAGAACUGGAAAGAUGUUCGCUGUUGAGCAUUGGGACAUUAGACCCGAUAUUCUCAUCAUGGCCAAGGGUAUUGCCAACGGUUUCCCUCUAUCAGGAAUUGUCUCGCGCAAGGAGCUGAUGGACAAGCAAAACCCUGGAAGUAUGGGCGGAACAUAUGCUGGUAACGCAGUAUCAUGUGCUGCAGGUGUCGCAGUCGCCAAGGCCUUCAAGGAAGAGAAGAUCCUAGACAACGUCAAUGCUCGUGGAGCAGAGCUGAAAAGCGCUCUUCAAGCAGCGUGGAAGGACUCCAAGACCGGCAAGCUCAUCUACGACGUCCGCGGUCUCGGUCUCAUGUUGGCUCUCGAGUGCACGCCUGGCAAGGGCUACGCGUCCAAGAUCCAGGCCAAGUGCAUGGAGAAGGAUAUGCUCGUCUUGACAACAUCGAUUUACGACACCCUUCGCUUCAUCCCUCCGUUGAACAUUACCAAGGAGGACAUGGCUGCGGGUAUCAAGAUCAUCACAGACGCGAUCAAGGAGGUUGCUACUGGUGAGGAUCCUCAGGAGACUGCCACCAAGGGUCAGGCUCCGGAGUAG